AUGUACACUCAAACGUUCCAAAACACCUUCCUGGUAGACGUCCUCGAAUACGUUAAGUUAGUCAAAUCUAACUAUAAAUGUGAAGAACAAGAUUCCGAAAGCUCCACAAAGAUAAGUUGUAAGGAAGAUGUUGACAUCGAGGCAAAUGCUGAAGAAAGCUUAGAGAGGAAUUCGAAGGAUUCAGAAGUGGAAAAGGAUCCUUUUCUGGUAGAUUGGAUAGACGCUCAUGAUCCUGAAAAUCCAAUGAAUUGGUCAAAGGGUAAAAAGGCUCUUGUAGUUGUUCAAAUUAUGCUUUUAACUUGCGUUACAUAUAUGGGAGCAUCAAUAUACACACCUGGCCAGGAGGCCAUUCAAGAAGAGUUUGGUGUCGGCCAUGUCGUAGGCACACUCAAUCUCUCAAUGUAUGUUUUGGGUUAUGGAUUGGGUCCAAUGAUUUUUUCACCUCUUUCUGAAGUCGCUUCAAUUGGCAGGCAGCAUAUUUACAUUAUUACUCUCUUCUUUUUCUGUCUUUUUCAAGUGGGAUGUGCCACAGUGAAAAAUAUUGGCGGCCUGGUAGUUUUGCGCUUUAUCAGCGGUGUUUUGUGCUCACCAUCAUUGGCUACAGGCGCCGGGAGUAUGGGUGAUAUGAUAUCUCCAGAGAUCGUUCCUAUUUUCAUUGGACUUUGGGCAAUCGGAGCGGUCGCAGCACCUGUUCUUGCUCCUCUUCUUGGAGCUGCUAUGGUAGUAGCUAAAGGAUGGAGAUUCAUCUUUUGGUUGUUGAUGUGGCUAAGUGCAGCAACUUUGAUUGUUUUAGCUGUCUUCUUUCCGGAAACACAGCAUGCCAAUAUAUUACACCGCCGUGCCAAUCGAAUUAGGAAACAAACGGGCGACAAUCGAUUUUACACAAGACAAGAAAAAAUUGAUUCCGAAAUACACAUUAGGGAUUUCAUUCUGGACACUUUAUACAGGCCAUUUGCUCUAAUGGUUUUGGAACCAGCAGUUCUUGCCUUUGAUGUGUACAUUGCUCUUUGUUAUGGUGCCUUUUAUCUAUUUUUUGAGGCUUUUCCAAUUGUUUUUAUUGGUAUCUACAACUUCACUCUCGUUGAAAUGGGAGUGGCAUACAUGGGAUUUUGCGUUGGAUGUGUGAUUGCUUACUUAGUCCUACUUGUGUUUCUUGCCAAGGUAAUCGCCCCGAAAUUCAAAAAUGGCACAUUUCAACCAGAGGAUUUCUUGCUUCUUGCUAUGGGGCUUUGUUGGUCCUUACCACUGUCAUUAUUUCUGUUUGGUUGGGCUGCAGGUGUCCACUGGAUUUUGCCGAUUAUCGCACAGAUAUUUUUUGUUUUGAAUGUAUUCAAUCUUUUCCAAGCCACGUUCGCUUAUUUGGCAAUUUGCUAUCCGCGCUAUCUCGCUUCCGUCUUCGCGUCCAAUGCGUUUUGCCGAUCUGUUUUUGCAUGCGCAUUCCCAUUAUUUGGAAAGGCAAUGUAUGACAAUCUUGGAAGUGAGAAAUAUCCGGUGGGUUGGGGAUCUUCGUUAGUCGGAUUUUUCUGCAUUGGGCUUGCUACCAUCCCAUUCAUUUUCUACAAAUUCGGUCCGUAUUUAAGAGGAAAGUCAAAGUACGCUAAUUAG